CUGUUAGUAGAUCUAAAUCUAGCAGUAUGGAAAGCAAGGGCGAAAGCUAAGGGCUUGAACCAGUUAGGCUAGCUUAGCAAAAACGAAAGUUAGGUUUAAAAAAAAAUAAACAAUGCAUUUUAUAACGAGCAGUAAACAAUUUACUGUUCCUAUUCUCAAAUCUGCUGGUCGACUUAUUGACUCCAGAUGCGGAAUAUCUUGUUCCUCUUGUUUGACGGGAUCAUUCAAAUUACCGCCUAACUAUGACAAUGUUGCUUUCCCAGAGCGCAGAAGGUUAAAAAUGAUUGACAAAGUUCCUCCCAUUGACCCUGGUAUCAGACCACCUAAGAUGAUGAGAGAUCUGCACCAAAUGAGAGGCCCAGAGUUAAUUCAGAACAAGUUACUGUAUGGAAACUUUGGAUUACAGGCUGUAACUGGAGGAAGAAUAUCUCAUAAAGACACAGAGGCUGUGCGUCAGAUUAUCGUGAAACAAAUGGACGAGCGCUACAUGUUUGCUGUCUGGAGAUUUAACCAUCUGUGGCAAGCUGUCAGCCGUAAAGGUCAGGGAAGAAGAAUGGGCGGUGGAAAGGGUCCUAUCGAUCAUUAUGUCUUUCCAUUUAGGGCAGAGAGGGUAGUACUAGAGAUGGGAGGACGCUGUGAGCUAGUGGAGGUGUACGACGUUCUAAAGGCUAUUCAAAAAAAGUUGGGCUUCAGGACACGAAUCAUCACUCACGACUCUGUGAGGAAGAGGGAAGAGAAAGAGAAGUGGGUAGAGGAGAACAACAUGAAUCCGUUCACUUUUAAAUUCUGUGUGCAGAACAAUGUUCUUGGAUGUAGCAAGUAUUUAAAUAGAUAUGAUUACAUGUGGUUUGGGAAGUAUCUGUGAGAAAAUGUUAGUCAACCUUCAAAGUAUAAAUGUGCCAAUCAAUGUGUAAGUCUACAGUGUGUCACAUGGCUGAAUUUCAUAACAAAAUAAAAUUUAUUUUAUUCAAAA